UGCAAAUCGAUUGUGCAUAGUUGCGUGUGUGCAGAUUGCACCGCCGCUUCGAGCAGCAGUUUUAUUUACUAAUUAGAGUGCCGAUGUUCGGUAGAAAGCGUUAAAUGUGCGUGGAAAAUGUCGAAUCCGGGCGGUAGCAAGAGGAACGGGGCCAUGAAGAUUCGUUUGACGAUUUUAUGUGCCCGUAAUCUUGCCAGAAAAGAUCUAUUUCGCCUACCGGAUCCUUUUGCUAAAAUAACUGUUGAUGGUUCAGGUCAGUGUCAUAGUACACAUACAUGCAAGGCAACUCUAGAUCCCAUGUGGAAUCAACAUUAUGAUCUGUACAUUGGAAAAGAUGAUGGUAUUACUAUAUCAGUUUGGAAUCAUAAAAAAAUCCAUAAAAAAAAAGGUGGAGGAUUUUUAGGAUGUGUACGAAUAUUAUCUAAUACAAUUCAAAGACUCAAGGAUACAGGAUAUCAACGAUUAGAUCUUUGUAAAGCACAUUCAGAUGACACAGAUGUAGUUAAAGGAGAAGUUGUAGUAUCUCUUUUAUCACGAGAUGGUCAUAAUGGUGCUGUGAGUAAUACAGUGGGUCAUAAUGCAGUUGUUGAUGUUCUUGGAGAUCUGAGUUGUCCAACUGAUUUACCAGAUGGAUGGGAAGAAAGAAGAACUCGAAGUGGUCGACUUUAUUAUGUCAAUCAUUAUACCAGAACUACACAAUGGAUUCGUCCAAAUGCACGACCUACCAAUGGUAUAAUACCAACUACACCUGAACCACCACCAUUACCUUCUUCUGAACCUACUUCUCCCAGUGGCAGUGGAAGUCCUCCUAAUUUAAGAACUGAAAGCCCUACUAGGUGCACACCUGAAUGGAAUGGAGAUGGAACACCUAGUAGAACACCUAGCAGAGAUAGUUCUACUCCAAAUACUCCAAGAAAUACACCUACUCAACAACAAAAUAGAAAUACACAACAAAAUCAACAUAAUACAAGAAAUGUAACACCUGCUUCAUCAAGAGAACGACGACCAAUUAGAGCAAAUGAUGAACAAAAUGGUAAUCAAAAUGGAAAUGUUAGAUCAGAUCGUAGUAUUAACAAUGCUCAACCACGAAGGCCUAAUCGGAGUAAUAGAAAUAGAAAUAGUGUAAUGAUUAAUAAUGAAAGGAGAUAUGAUCCUCCACAACCACCAGAUUUACCGAGAGGUUAUGAAAUGAGAAAAACGCAACAAGGUCAAGUGUAUUUUUAUCAUGUACCAACGGGAUCAUCUACGUGGCACGAUCCUAGAAUACCUCGUGAUUUACCAGCAAAUGAAUUAGCAAAUGAACUUGGACCAUUACCAAGCGGAUGGGAAAUGCGACAGACUCAAAGUGGUCGUGUUUAUUUUGUAGAUCAUAAUAAUAGAACUACACAAUUUACUGAUCCAAGAUUAUCCAGUCAAAUCAUAAGCAAUUUAUUAAAUAGACGACAAAAUAAUACUAAUCAAACAACGAGUAAUUCAAAUAAUUCGGCAACUAUAAAUGAAUCUACAGAAAUAGAGACACCUGCAUCUCCAAGUAUUCAAUGCAAUAUUGUCCAGCAAAGAUCAAGAACAGAGAAUGGAAGUAAUAAUAACUCCCCAACAUUGGAAAAUACAUCGGCUCAAAAUGCUCAAACUGUAUCAGAAUUACCAAAGGAACUAAUGGAUAAUGAGCUUUUGCCGAAAUAUAAACGAGAUUUAGUGGCAAAAUUAAAAUGUUUGAGAGCAGAAUUAAAUGCUCUUCAACCUCAAAGUGGACAUUGUAGACUUGAAGUAUCAAGAAAUGAAAUAUUUGAAGAGUCAUAUAGAUUAAUAAUGAAAAUGCGACCAAAAGACAUGCGAAAAAGACUUAUGGUAAAAUUCCGAGGUGAAGAAGGUCUCGAUUAUGGUGGAGUAGCUAGAGAAUGGCUAUAUUUAUUAUCACAUGAAAUGUUAAAUCCACAAUAUGGACUUUUCCAAUAUUCGAGAGACGAUAAUUAUACACUUCAAAUUAAUCCAGAUUCGGGAAUAAAUCCAGAACAUUUAUCGUACUUCCAUUUUGCUGGCAGAAUUAUAGGAAUUGCUGUUUUUCAUGGUCAUCAUAUAGACGGGGGUUUUACAACUCCAUUUUAUAAAAUGUUGCUUAAUAAAGCAAUUACUCUUACUGAUAUAGAAGGAGUUGAUCCAGAANNNNAAAAUAUUGUUUUAUUAAUUAGAGAAAAUAGUAUAGAUGGAGUAUUAGAUGCUACAUUUUCAGUAGAACAUAGUAGUUUUGGAGUGUUAAAAAAUCAUGAACUUAAGCCAGGUGGUAAAGACAUUCCUGUAACUGAGGAAAAUAAAAAAGAAUAUGUUCGUUUAUACGUAAACUAUCGCUUUAUGCGAGGAAUUGAACAACAAUUCUUGGCAUUACAAAAAGGAUUCCAUGAAUUAAUUCCACCUCAACUAUUAAGACCUUUUGAUGAAAGAGAAUUAGAAUUGGUCAUUGGUGGUUUAGGAACUAUCGAUAUUAAUGAUUGGAAGAUGCAUACACGAUUGAAACAUUGUACACCUGAUACACCAGUAGUAAAAUGGUUUUGGCAAAUAGUGGAAUCUUAUGGAGAAGAAAUGCGAGCUCGAUUACUUCAAUUUGUUACUGGAAGUUCUCGAGUUCCUUUGCAAGGUUUCAAAGCUUUACAAGGAUCUACAGGAGCCGCUGGUCCACGAUUAUUUACAAUUCAUGCUGUUGAUGCGCCAAGUGAAAAUUUACCAAAAGCGCAUACCUGUUUCAAUAGAAUAGAUAUUCCAGAAAGUUAUCCAAGUUAUCAAAAAAUGCUUGAUAAACUUACACAAGCAGUUGAAGAAACUUGUGGUUUCGCUGUUGAAUAAUAGGAAAUAUUUGUCGACAAAUUCUACUGUCGUUAAAUUAAAAAUAAACUUUUGAAGUACCAAGAGACGUUAUGUAUGAGAAUAUGCAAAGAGCUAGUAUUAUAAAAUGAAAAUGUUAAUACGUAAAAUGUCAGAAAUAAUCUGACAAUGUUUUGUACAAAUGAUAAAAUGGCCUUGAUGGUUAUAAUGACUUCUAAGUGAUUGUCGAUUGGUACAUUAUGUGAACACUCUUGUGAUUUACACACUUCGUCCAUGAAGAUUUUAAUGAAUGGUUCCUCAGAAGUUUUGAUUAUAUUGGUCUUUAACUAUUUAUUAUUCAAUGACUGAUAGAGAUGUGCAAAAAUUAUAAUUUCAUUGAGGUAAAUAUUGAUUGGCCUAAACUUUUAUUUUAUUUAUAUUAAUCGCGUUUUCUAUUUUAACUUUAGAAUCAAUAAUUUACUUAUUAUUUAAGAUCAUCAUCAAAGAAUUAACUUUAUUAUUUUCGAUAAAAAAUAUAAAAAUCAUGCAUGCACAAAUAUGUAUAGAAAAUGAAUUCUUUCAUAUAAUGAAAAACAUUGUUCAAUCAAAAUACACUCAUGUUAAUAUUUUAUCAUGUUUAAAUAAAAAUAUUAAAAAAAAUAAUAAUAAAAAAAGCAAAAAAUAAAACAAUUAUUUAAAAAUUUCAUAACAAAUAUCUACAAUAUUAUCUGCAAUGAAUUUUAAGUCAAUGGAACAAUGUAUUUCAUUUUCGAAAGCUUUCAAUUUCUGUUUAUCAAAUGUAAUUACAAUAUGCACAGUCAAUUAAUUCUAUAUUAACAAUUUUUAAAAUAAUAGAAUUUAGUAAUGAACUAAAAGUAUAUACUCAAAUUCAUGUUAUUAUAGUCAAAUAUUGAUUAAAAGAGUAGUGUGUGCUGGGAAUUUAGUAUUUUAUAAUAUAUUAUUUCAAAUUAAUAUCAUUGCAACUAAGAAAAAAAUAUAAAAUUCGUAUAUACCAUAAAUAUGCAAGUGUUUAAGAUUCUAUGAAUAAAUUUGAUAAAUAUUUUUAAUAUUUAAAUUCAUGCUGAUUUUUACAUAAUUAAUUUUGAUUAAAUAUCAAUCAUAUUGAUUCAAGAUUAUUAAACAAAAUAUUAAAUUAAUUUAAUUAGAAUUGAAAUUAACGAAAAAAAUAUUUUUAUCAGUUGUAAAGAAGAAUGAUAUGAAUAGUCUCAGUAUUAAAAAUUAUUAUCAUUGGUAUAUGAACACUUGCUUCGAGGAACUUUGUAAUGUAAUUGGCAAAUUUUAUUGUUGCAGCACAAUGAAUUGUGCGAAAAUUAUUGUUGCUUGUUUAGAAACUAAUAGUACCGAAUGCGUUAACAAUAUGUAAAUAGUAUAAUGUUUAAUAUAAAAUUAACUCGAGCGUAAAAUGUGUGAACCAUAUAAUUGGUUUUUGCACGAUAAAAACGCAUCGGUUCUAACGUAGGCUAAAUCGUGAAUUGUGUACAUUAGCUUUAAUUUAAAAAAAUUGAACACAUAUUUAAAGAAAGAGUUUAUUCGAUUAGUUUAUGUAAAGUUAAAAGUUUUAUUCGAAUUGACUCUUUUUGUUAUAGAAGACCACAAAAUAAUAUCUAUACUUUACUAGUUUUCAGUAAAGCAUAUAGAGAAAGACACUUAUUUAUCACAACAACUUAUUCAUUUAGUCUCUAGCAUUUAUUUUUAUUGUAAAAAAUAUCUAAUUGCUGAUAGCACGAAUCAUUAUUUUGUAUUAUUAUUGCAUUAUUGUAUUUUAUUCUACACGUAACUGUGAUCAAACAUAUCUAGAAAAAGAAGUAGUGGGAGACACUUAUAUAGUGAAUUUAUUUUAAAUAUAUUUGUCUACUUAUGCUUUUUUAAACAUUUAUAUUAAAAUGUGUUUUAAUAAUUUUAUUUA